AAUGCAGAAAAUUGACAUCGGUGAUUGAUUCUUCAGUACUCUCUCUAUCUCUCUCUCUCUCUAUAAUUCUCCAUUGCCAACCUCAAUUUCAAUGCAAGAAGCCUUCGUCAGGUCCUUAAAGAUAAAUGUUCUCGAAUUGGAAUUGUUUGUAGAGACCUUCCCUGAUUUUGAGGUAGUAGAAGAAGAGCAUGCCAAAACUAGUUGUACAAAAGUUUUUUGCAGGAAACAGAAUUUCAUCUCUGGCAGGUUCAAGCAAUAAUACUACAACGGUUGUGAGAGCAUACAAGAUUUAACCAGCAUUUUUCCCAUUAUCACACAGUAGCCAAAUAUUUGAUUCAUAACAGAAUUAUGAAGAGAGUCCAUAUCCCAUCUCGUUAUCUAAUUGUUGUUCUAAUGUUCAUAUCGACUUCUGUAUGCUACAUAGAACGUGUUGGUUUCUCGAUCGCAUACACAGUUGCUGCAGAUGCAGCCGGAGUAAACCAGUCAAGCAAAGGAGCAAUCCUCUCCACAUUCUACUACGGUUAUGUCUUAUCACAAAUACCCGGAGGCUGGGCAGCCCAGAAAAUCGGAGGCAGGCGAGUUCUCCUCCUCUCGUUUGUCUUAUGGUCAAGCACUUGUGCCCUAGUCCCUCUAGACCCGAAUAGAAUAACCAUCUUGGUUAUAGCCCGAUUACUUGUCGGAAUUUCUCAAGGCUUUAUCUUUCCAUCUAUCCAUAAUGUCCUAGCCCAAUGGGUCCCGCCGCAUGAACGGUCGAGAUCUGUUUCGCUCACGACCUCGGGGAUGUACUUGGGCGCGGCACUAGGAAUGCUUUUGAUUCCGAGUGUUGUUAAAUUUCGGGGCCCACAGUCGGUUUUUAUAGCCGAAGCUGCUUUAGGUGCUGUUUGGUCAAUUCUAUGGUUUAAAUAUGCGAGCGAUCCCCCUCGAUCUGACCACCCGAAAGCAAUCGCGGCGGGGUAUGGGGAAUCUUUGUUACCUGUGAAGGUUAAAUCGUCGGUUAAUAAGAGUUCUUCGAUACCAUGGAAGAAGAUAGUUGUUAGUCUUCCGGUUUGGGCGAUAGUUGUGAAUAACUUUACGUUUCAUUACGCGUUGUACGUGCUUAUGAACUGGCUGCCGACGUAUUUCGAGCUCGGUUUGCAGCUUAGUCUUCAGGAUAUGGGUUCGUCAAAAAUGAUACCUUAUUUGAAUAUGUUUUUUUUCUCGAACAUCGGUGGGGUUAUAGCCGACCAUUUGAUCACGAGGAAGAUACUUUCAGUGACGAAAACGAGGAAGAUUUUGAACACAGUUGGUUUUGUGGUGGCAUCUUUCGCUUUGAUGGCUAUUCCUAUGUUUAGGACCGCCGGUGGGGCGAUAUUUUGUUCUUCAGUUGCUCUAGGAUUCUUGGCACUUGGGAGAGCUGGAUUCGCGGUUAAUCAUAUGGAUGUGGCUCCUAGAUAUGCAGGAAUUGUGAUGGGAGUUUCUAAUACGGCUGGGACUUUGGCUGGGAUAGUUGGGGUUGAUUUUACUGGUCGGCUGCUCGAAGCGGCUAAGAAUGCUAAUUUGGAUUUGUCCAAUCCUAGGAGCUGGGAUUCAGUGUUUUUCAUCCCGGGGAUUUUCUGUAUUCUUAGUUCGGUUGUGUUUUUAGUGUUUGCGACCGGCGAGAGGAUUUUCGAUUAACAGGAGGAUUUUUGGCCUGUUUUUGCGGUUUUCUAUUGAACCAUCUCGAGUCUUGAAGAAACUGGGAGGUAUAUAUAGUGUUCUUAGUUUUCAACAAUCUUAGAACAUUUUUCAUUUAAAUGUUUAAAGUGAUUAUUAAUAUACUUUGCUAAAUCUAUUCAGAAAGAAGAAUAUAACAACAGGCAUAUGAAGUUCUUUAUUAUAUAACUUUCUUUACAUUAUUGGUUUUCA